UUUGCAGAUAUCAAGUUACCAGCUGUCAUCUACAUGCAUCUUUGAGCGAGAAAUCUAAGUUAUUGCCAGAAAAGGUGUAUUUUACCCUAUAUCAACCUUCAGAGGAAAGGAAUCUUGCAUGGUUUUCAGAACCCGUUUUUUCAGAUUUCGAUUUGGAACAUUUUUACUUUUAAAAGUAUGGCUGCUAUCAUCCAACACCAACCAUCAAUAUCUAUUUGUUCAUCUUUACCACAAAUGACAUCCGACAUUAACGGGAAUAAGAUUACAAACACUUCUUCAACGUGUAAAACGAGAUCCCAAACGAAUUCGAACCUCCAGAAACUGAAGCGCAAGAGCGGCUCCCGAAACGCAAACUCUUCAGAAUCCGCAUCAUCUGGCGGUGCUGGCGGAGAGAAAGGUGGAAGCGUUGCCAAGGCAUCGGCCGUGCGGUCGGCGCCGAAAGAGAAGGAACCCCAUCUCGUACAGCGGAGGAAUGCCAGGGAAAGGCGUCGCGUUCAGCUCGUCAACGACGGCUUCAUUCGACUUCGACGAAAAAUUCCGACCGAACCCAGGAACAAGAAACUCUCAAAAGUCAAGACGCUUCGAUCAGCCAUCAAUUACAUACUCCAUCUUCAACAGAUGAUAACGGAGUCGGACACACAGCAGCAGAGGAUGAUUGAGUAUAGUGGCCCGCAUCAUCCCCACCAUGGUCACCAUCAAGCGGGGGGCUACGGCUUAGGUAUGGGUGGACUUAUCGCUGGCCAUCCAGGGCCUCAUCCUCAAAUGCCCCCUCAACCAUCAAGUGGAGCCUACGAGUGGGACCAUUAUGCAGAAAAUCAACCCAUGAGAGAGAAGAGAAUGAUAAAGAAAAAAGAGAGGAAGGAGGAGAAGAAGAAAAAGAACAACAACAACAAGAAGGAGAAGAAAGAAGAAGAAGAAGAAGAGGAAGAAAAAUAA